ACAGGUAAUGGUUAUAUGUUUUUUUAUAAUGCAAAUUGUGCAGCAAAGUUUCAAUUUGUUUCAAUUACAGGGCAUUUGAAACAGAUUGAUCCUGAGACAUUUAAAGAUUUUUACAACUUUUGGAAGGAAUCUGAGACUGAGGCACAAGAAGUUAACCUCCCUCUGGAAGUGAUAGAGCGCUUGGACAAAAAUGAAUGUGUUUAUAAAUUAUCAUCAUCUGUGAAAACCAAUUAUGGUGUGGGCAAAAUUGCACUGACACAGAAGCGACUGUUUCUUCUUAUAGAGGGAAGACCUGGCUAUGUUGAGAUUGCCAAAUUUAGAGAUAUACUGGAACUUGAAAACAUUUCAGUGAUGUUUUUCCCACUUCGAAUCCCAGCUCUCAAAAUUAAAACUACUCAUAAGGAACCAUUUAUUGGAAACCUGAAGAAUGAACGUGAUCUUUGGCUGCUAAUUGUGAAGGAAAUGUGGGCUGGGAGAAAAAUGGCUGAUAAGCACAAGGACCCACAGUACAUUCAGCAAGCACUAACCAAUGUUCUGUUAAUGGAUGCUGUGGUUGGAUGCAUGCAGUCUCCUCGAGCUAUUUAUGCAGCUUCCAGAUUGGCUUAUUUUGACCGAAUGAAAAAUACGGUGCUUCCGAAAACAACUUCAGAAACUUUGAAACACAAGGUAAACCCUUCUGCUGGCCAAACAAGUCCUCAGGCUGUGAAUGCACUUUUAUAUACACCAGGUCAUCUGGUACAUCUAGAAGAGGAUGAGAAUGCAAAUCCAAUAUUAUGGUGUGCAUUAAGUGAAGGUAAAGUAGUGCUGUUUAAUGCAAAAACGUGGUCCAUUCAGCAGCAUUGUAUUCAAGUGGGAAACUCGAAAUUGAACUGUAUGUUGGCAGUGGAGUUCAGCCAAGUUUGGGUUGGUUCACAAGAUUCCUCUGUUUACAUUAUCAAUGCUCAUAGCAUGUCCUGCAACAAGCAACUGACUGAACACUUCAGUGAUGUCACCGACAUGGUCUUGGAGGAUAAGGGCUCAAAGUUCAGUCAAAAGCAAGUGUAUUCAUGCAGUCUCGAUGGAAGAGUCAUUUGCUGGGAUGUGCACACAUUAGAGAUAAAGACUAAUUUUCAGUUGUCCAACUGCCACAAGUUAACUUCCAUUAAACUUCACAAUUCUAUGCUCUGGUGUUGUAUAGGAGACGCUUUGCUGGAAGUGAAAAAAAAUGGACAGGUGGUACGAAAAGUGACAUUACUGGAAAAUCCAAAAGGGAGUUAUGUCCAAUUUAGCAGUUUCCUUGUCUUUCUUGAGGAAAAUCAGUUGGUGACAGCAUGUGCUGAUAAAGGAGAAGUUUGUAUUUGGGAUUUGAAAUAUCUGUCACAACCCUUGCAGAAGAUCCAGCUUCAGGCCUGCAAUAGCAUUAAUUGUAUGAUACGUGUUAAAAAUCAGCUCUGGAUUGGAGGCAAAGGAUCAGACAAAAUGAGAGGGAAAAUCUAUGUGGUAGACACAAUCAAAUGCAGUGUGGAAAAGGAACUGGUGGCUCAUGUAGACAUGGUUCGAGUACUGUGCAGUAUUGAAGACAGAUAUGUUAUUAGUGGUGCUGGCAAAGAAGAUGGGAAAAUUGCCAUCUGGAAUGUGGGGUAAUUUAUCAUCUUGGCAUGCCUUUUAUUGUGUUGAACUUUGCUCAUUUGAGGGAAGCAUGCAAUUCCUGUACUUCGGCCCAUCUAUUCAAUAACGCUUUUCAAAGUAUGUCUGAAACAAAAACAUUGCACUACAGAAUUACUUAAUGCAUGCAACAGUGAGACUUAAAUAUUUUUAUUUUAUAUGGAAUCAUUACAAAUCUGCACUAAUAAAGAGUAGAUUUGAUUUUUUCACUUUUAUUCAUUCCUCUUGAAAUUACAUAGUGCAGACAAAAAUGUUUUAAAUUGGUGCUGAAGUGGAAUGAUUUGGGUUAACUUGAAUUGUAUUAUUUCCAUUGCGCAAUUGAACAUAAUUCACUUUUUACUACACUAUAUUUUGAUUGAAUCAUAUAUAUUUACCUUUCACAUAACAAAUUAACCAAAGAAAAGCUAAUUAGAUUGCCAAAUAUGCAAAAUCCAUAGAUCAGGCAGCAUCUGUGGAGAGAAAUGUUUCAGGACAAUGACCAAACUUGCUAAGUAUUUCCAACACUUACUGUUUUUAUUUCAGAUUUUCUGUAUUCUGCAUACUAUUUGUUAGUAUUUAAUUGCAACAAUUUCAUGUGUAAAUUUGGAAUUUAUUACUCAUUUGUAUUUUUCAUGUAUUCACAGUUACUAAGGGUUUUGUAGGGGUCACUCUGCAAACUAAUAAUUUAUAAAGGGAGUGAGGAAUUAAAAAAGUGAAGAAAGGCUAUAAAAAGAAAUUAAUUGCAAUUUAAAAGCAAAAAUCAAACUUGAGCUUGAAGAUUAGAUGUAAUAUAAUUAAUAUCUCAUUAAUGAGCUGCUUUCAAUGCUUUUUUUCUAGUGCUAUCUAGUUUGUAAUGCUAUCUAAUAGUAUGUAUAAGAUCUGAAAAUAUUUAUCUGAUCAAUUCAGUUGCAGAGGGAAACAAAACACACCAAUUUUUUUUGCAAGUAUUUGAAAACUACAAAAUGUCAAUACAACACCAAGCAGUUUUUUGAGCUUUGACCUUUAGCUGUUGAGGGGCGAUUGUCUAAAACCUCUGAUUUUACUGCCCGUAGCGCAUACUUCCAUUAUUUCCAUGUGUCUAUUAUAAAUUUUAAUAUGUUUGAUCAGACAUAUUUUAAAUAAUCUGAAUAUAGGCAUAGAAUAUAAUUCACUGCCUUGCAUCUAUUAUCUGUUAUAUUAUGCUUAACAUAUAAAGGCUGCUAAUUGCAGAACAUUAUUCAACUGUUCCUAAUUUUUCUUAAGUUAAAACAACCCACCUACCUCAAUCUUCCAAAGAAAAUUAUAUCAUUACCAAUCCCUGCCCACUCAAAUCAGUAAACCUAUUAUGAUCCUGUGAUUGAUUUAAUUGUACUUGACAUAACACCAUAAGAAAGGGAUAUCACAGUCGCACAGUGGUUAGCGCUGAUUUUUCAUAGUGCCAGGGUCCUGGGUUCAAUUUCAGCCUCAGGCCACUAUCUAUG